UGCCGCCUGGGUCCGGCCGAGCGCGGCAGGCGCCACGCGCAGAGCACUCGCUAGCGCUCCGAUCCCCUCUCGGGACGCUUCCCGAGCUUGUCGUUUGCUCGCAGCUUCCGACCGACAGCGGCCGCCGCCUGACCGCUGCUUGCUCCCCGGACACCUCCAGGGCCCGCGAGUGCGAGCUGGCUGGCAGGCGCGGUGUGCACCCCGCGGAGCCUCCGACCCCUGCCCGCUACCCUGCCCGGCUGGGACCAUGCUGCCUGCGCGUUGUGCCCGCCUGCUCACGCCCCACUUGCUGCUCGUGUUGGUGCAGCUGUCUCCGGCUCCCGGCCACCGCACUGCUGGUCCCAGGUUCCUUAUAAGUGACCGUGACCCUCAGUGCAACCUCCACUGCUCCCGGAGUCAACCCAAACCCAUCUGCGCCUCUGACGGCCGGUCCUAUGAGUCAAUGUGUGAGUACCAGCGAGCCCAGUGCCGGGACCCCAGCCUGGGCAUGGUGCACCGAGGUCGAUGCAAAGAUGCUGGCCAGAGCAAGUGUGUCCUGGAGCGCGCUCAAGCCUUGGAGCAAGCCAAGCGGCCCCAGGAGGCUGUGUUUGUGCCGGAGUGCGGAGAGGACGGCUCCUUUACGCAGGUGCAGUGCCAUACUUACACGGGGUACUGCUGGUGUGUCACCCCUGAUGGGAAACCAAUCAGUGGCUCUUCUGUGCAGAACAAGACUCCUGUGUGUUCAGGUUCAGUCACGGACAAGCCUUUGAGCCAGGGUAACUCAGGAAGGAAAGUCUCUUUUCAAUUCUUUCUCACCCUGAAUUCAGAUGACGGAGCUAAGCCGACACCCACAAUGGAGGCGCAGCCGGUCUUCGAAGGAGAUGAAAUCACAGCUCCAACUCUCUGGAUUCAGCACUUGGUAAUCAAAGAGUCCAAGAUGAACAACACCAAUAUAAGAAACUCAGAGAAAGUCCACUCGUGUGACCAGGAGAGGCAAAGCGCUCUGGAGGAGGCCCGGCAGAACCCCCGUGAGGGCAUUGUCAUCCCCGAGUGUGCGCCUGGUGGCCUCUACAAGCCGGUGCAGUGCCACCAAUCCACGGGCUAUUGCUGGUGUGUGCUGGUGGACACGGGCCGGCCGCUGCCUGGGACCUCCACACGCUAUGUGAUGCCCAGCUGUGAGAGUGACGCCAGGGCCAAGGGUGCAGAGGUGGAGGACCCCUUCAAGGCCAGGGAGCUUCCAGGCUGCCCAGAAGGGAAGAAAAUAGAGUUCAUCACCAGCCUACUGGAUGCGCUCACCACGGACAUGGUUCAGGCCAUUAACUCAGCAGCGCCCACUGGAGGUGGAAGGUUCCCUGAGCCCGACCCCAGCCACACCCUGGAGGAGCGUGUGGUGCACUGGUACUUCAGCCAGGUGGACAACAACGGCAGCGGCGACAUCAGCAAGAGGGAGAUGAAGCCCUUCAAGCGCUACGUGAAGAAGAAAGCCAAGCCCAAGAAAUGCGCCCGGCGUUUCCCCGACUACUGUGACAUCAACAAGGACAAGGUCAUUUCUCUGCCUGAACUGAAGGGCUGCCUGGGUGUUAGCAAGGAAGGUGGUAACCUUGGCAGCUUCCCUCAAGGGAAACGAGCCAGCCCAAACACAUUCAUAGGACGCCUUGUCUAAGAGGCAGAAAACCCAAGGGAAGAUGGAGAGAGCCCGGGACAGACAGGACGGAUCUUCAGAAACCUGACCUUCGAGGUUGCCCGAGGCCCAGACACAUCCAUGUAACACGAGCGGUGCCUGCGUGUUUGCACUUUGAAUAACUCUCAUUUGCGUGUUGUUUCUGGUCUCAUUGGGCAAUGCCAGUAUCUAGAUGCCACCGGGGGAAAAGGAACGGGAAGAAGAACUGUGUAUUCUGGUAUUUUGAAUUUUUGGAUCUGCUACUGACAACUUUAGUUUAUUGGGGCGUGGUGGGGUGGGGGGGCGUGGUUGGGGUUGAGAAGAAAGAGAUUUAUAUGCUGUAUAUAAAUAUAUAUGUAAAUUGUAUAGUUCUUCUGUACAGGCAUUGGCAUGGCUGUUGGUGUCUUCUCAUCCCUAUCCCUGCGGUGGAGGGUGGGGAUUCGGGACGUGGGGUCCAGCUUUCUAGAACCCAGGGCUCCAUCCCCAGCCCACCUCUCUGCUUCCUAGAUCCCGGCCCUCAUGCGCGUGCAGCUGUGAGCCUGGCAAUGACCCCAUGGACUCCCCGGGUCCCUUUCAGAUAGCGGGCGGUGGUGCUCCACGCCAUUAACUGUCACAGCUGGCAGGCCACUUGGUCUUUGGCCUUCUCCAAGAAAGGUUGGGCCAGGGAGUGGGGAGGGGGCUCCAGAGCUUAUGGGUGACUGCCGCAGGCACCAGUCCUCCCAUGCGCUCCCUCGCGCCAGACCCCCAGGUGACCUGUAAUCCGCAGGCACACCAGUAUCUCAGUGGCCCACUGAGCAAAUGAGCACCCCCAAGGAUCUGCAGUAGAUGGAUGUAAACUCUUUAAUCCCGGCUCACCAUCCACUCUGCAUAAAGCACCAUGCUAGUCAAAGAUGAAAGAGACGCAUAGUAGGACCCCUAACUGCAUAGCUGUUCCAUAUCAGUGCCGCCCAGAGGGGGCAGAGGACAGAAAACCUGCAUUGGUAUGUGCAGUGCCAACAGGAGAGCCGCUGACCUGAGAAGACGUCUCGCCCCCCUGCAAGUCCACCCACGGGACUUCCCGAGACAGUCCUGUUAAGACUACCAUCCUCAGGGGUUGGGCCAAGUCUGAGGGAGGAGCUGGGUCAGGCCCGGUGUGAGUCACGCCAGCAUCAUUGUGUUCUUAAGCCCCACACGGAAGUUCUUUAUGCGCCCUCAGAUUACCUCUCGGAUGUCAAAGCUAUCGGCCCGUUCCAGAAGUAAGAUCAAUCUUGAGUCUCUCUACUACUGCCUCUCCUGCAAGUGUAAGGAUAAGAGCCCAAUGACGGAGGAAUCUAGGCCUAACUUUCUGGAUGUUGUACAAGGCACCAGGGUGGGCUGUCCAGAACUUCUGGGCAGAGGCACGUCUUCCUCUGCCCAGAUAACGGUGCCCCUUCACCCAGAGAGCAACAGGCUGCCCUGGUGCCUCUUCCCGUGAAUGGUUCUGGGCAGCAAGGGGGGCCUGUUAGCCCAGGAAUGCACUCAGAGCGACUGCCUUCAUCCCAGUGUUCCCAUGAGCAUCCACCGUGGCUGACUGGUUCCCCAUUUGAGGUCUGGAAGCAAGUGUCCAGUAGAGAGAGUCUUCUCUGUAUGGGCCUGAUGGGACCUCAGGUUCUAGGAAGUUCUAGAUGUUCAGGUGAUGGUUCUAGAGUUUUUCAGGGCCCAACUAGGUUUGAUAAGGCAGAAAGGGCACCCUCUCCUGUAGUGGAGCCAGAGAGUUUAGCAUGCUGACCUGGGUGGGCCUAAGAGCAGAUCCAGCCCCCUAUUCUGGCCUCAAGGCGCCUCCUUGUAGAUGUUCAGUCUUUCCCAGGCGAAUCUUUCCACCCUCACCUACGUGUAGACUGUUUUGUGAUUUUCCUUUGUGAGGGAGGGAGGGCAAUCUAUUUGUAGUUCAUUUGAUAAACAAAUAAAAAUGGGUAAACUUGG